AUGAUGGGUCGCCUUAUGAAGUUGAAUGGGUCGAAUUUUGUUCAUGGACCACAUUUUGUCGACGGUUGCUUCAGAUUAUAUUAUGCUGUAAUAUUUAGUGUUCUAAUACCAUUUUGUGGAAGAUUUUUAAUAAGCGUAUAUAACAGUUUUAUGAUUUCAUCAAUAUCUUUUACAUUGGAUACUCUUUUUUUAGAUUGGAAUACGUCAUUUGCAAGUAUAACAGUAUGUGAAAUUUAUGAUAGAAGAAAAAAUUUUCAUUUAAUUAACGAGAUUUUUGGUCCAGAAAAUGAUCCUUUACUUUAUGAUUUUAUUAAUGAAGUAACAUUUUUUAGUGGUUCAUGUGCAAGUUGUUCACAAUGUAAUACAAAUUUUUCAUGUCCAGCAAAUUUUAGUGAUAUAAUACCAAGUUUUCGUACACAAUGUUCAAAUUUAUUAUCAAAUUGUCAAUGGAAUGAAUUACCAUUUAAAUGUUGUGAUAGAUUUAAAUUUGUAAUGACCGAAUUUGGACAAUGUUAUUCUUAUAAUUCAAUACAAGUUGGGUAAAUAAAUGUUAUAUAAUAUUAUAAUAUAGUAUUACAGAUUUGGUAUUUAUUUAAUGUAAUUAGUGGAGAAUUAUAUUAUAUGAAUCGUGAAACAGGACCUGGAAAAUUAUCUUUUAUUGUGCAUGAAAGUAUUCAAAUUCAUAUUCAUCCAACAAAUGAUAUUCCAUAUUUGUAUGCAGAGGGUGUUAUUAAAGAAACAAUUAUUAAAGGUUCAAAAAAAGAAAUUAUUUUAAAUGUUAUGGAAAUAUUUAAUGAUCCAUCAGUUUAUCAUACAUCACCGAAAUUCCGAAAUUGUCGUUUUCCUAAUGAACUGUUAAUUAAUGGGGGUCGUUUAUUUACACAUUAUGGUUAUUCAACAUGUAUUGUUGAAUGUGUAGUUGACAUGCAUAUACAAACUUGUGGCUGUCAAUUUUUCAAUCAAAAAGAUAGUGAUUCAUUGUGUAAUAUCGAAGGUUUACAAUGUUUAUCGAAAAAUUUUGAUAAUUUUGUUGAAAAUCGUCAAGACUGUAAGUGUAUGUCAUCUUGUGAAGAACCGGAAUACAAUAUAGUUUUCACUUCCCCAGAACAGUUCAACAAAAGCAGUAAUUUUUCAAGUAUUUCAGUAGCAAUGAUUGAUUUACCAACAGAACGAUAUAUACGAAAUGUUGUAAAAACCGAUUUGGAUUUAUUUAUUUCAAUUGGUGGUAUUGUUGGUUUAUUUUUUGGCUUAUCAUUUAUCUCGAUUAUUGAAGUUGUCUACGUAAUUUUAGAUAAAAAGAAAAUAUAG